AUGCCAUCACUUGCGCUGAGGGUGGCGCGCAGCAUUCGCACCUUUGACCUGAAGCACAGCUGCCGCACGCGGCCGUACGCGUGGUACUUUUCCGUUGCUGCACUGUUUGUCACGUGGGCGAACUACGCGCAGUACAAGCGGCUCAAGCCCAUGUACCCGAACUACGAGGAGUAUCGUGUGAAUGAGGGCGGUAGAAUGUUGGAGGCCAAGCGGCAGGAGCUGGCGGAUGUGAUGCGGUACAACAAUAUGGUGAGCACAAUGCGCGGCGAGCUUAGCGCAAAGCGGUGA